AUGAUGCGCCUGUCACGUGCCACGGAGACGGCGAUCCGUCUCUUGCCCGGCAACGACCGCUGUAUGGACUGUCAAGCCGUUUUCCCGCAAUGGGCUGGCGUCUCCUUCGGUGUCUUGCUCUGUCUAGUCUGUGCUGGAAAACACCGAUCACUCGGUGUGCAAACGAGCGUUGUAAAAUCCCAGGUCAUGGAUGCGUGGUCCGUACACGAGACGCGCGCAAUGGCCAUAGGUGGCAAUGCAAAGUGGACUGCUGUGUGUGCUGGGGCUCGAAUCGUGGAUUUUACGAUGGUGGACAAGUACUCGUGGAAUGUGGCACGAGUCUACAGGAACCAAGUGGCGUUGCUAGCUGCAGCAAAAGAGCUGUCGGGAGAGGAGUGUGUUGAGUUCACGACCACGUCGUUUCUCGCACUGGUUGCUACUGCGACGUUGUGUCCCCGUGAUCAUGCGAUCUUAGCAAGGAGAAUGGAGAACGUGGUUUUGCCACUAGCAAUAACGUCGAAGGCACUGUUAAAUUCGGGAAAUGACGCUUACAGCACUGGUGUCAAGUGCACGACGUGCUGCGUAUUGGUUCCGCUGGACCAACUGGACUUGCACUCAAAGACAUGUACCGUUGUCAGCACGUCGCACGCAACUGAGUGGAAAUUGUAUGAGCGAACGUUUGGAGCUGGUGGUGAGCCGCUAGGUUUCACGGCGGCGAAGACUAGCAGCGGGUUUGCCGAAGUAUCCCGGAUUAUGUCAGGCGGAGCUGCAGAACAAGCCAAUGUGAUUGUCGGUAGUUUCCUGAUCGGUCUCAACAACGACACCAACUUGAAAUUCGACGGGAUCGUGGACUUGCUCCGAACGGUGCCACGACCGACGUUGUUCCACUUUGCUUUGCGCUCUCAGAAGUUGACGAAUGGACCAGAAAACGUGAGCUCAUCCGUCCCGAAUCCCAGGACCCUCGAAAUAAACGUGACGCUGCAUGAUAAGGAGGAGCUCGGCUGUCUAUUGUCUUCGAACGACAUUUGCUGCGUCGUGCGUAGCGUCGAUGAAAAGUGCAUUGCUAGACGCCAUGGCAUUCUAGUUGGGUCGAGGGUUGUUGCCGUGAAUGGCCUGAAGUACUUGAAGCCGGAGGAUUUGAUCCAUCAUAUCUGCACAGCCCCUCGUCCCAUUCAAAUAACGGUGCAGCGAGUUGAAGGCCUGAUGCGAGGAUGGCGAGGCUGA